UGGAAACUGCUUGUGCUUGUGCUUGUGCUUGGUCCUCGCUUCCCAACUACAAAAGUAGUGUAUUUUCAGUUUCUUUUUCUUUUUUCUUUUUUAAGGUUCUUUCUUUGUAUUUUCCGAAACUAGCUUUUAAGGUUUAAAAUAAUGGACACAAAGGUGCUUUCCUCCGGAAUCCAGUACUCAAAUUUGCCAGAGUCAUAUAUCCGACCCGAAUCCGAGCGACCUCGUCUUUCAGAAGUGUCGGAGUGUAAAGAUGUUGCUAUUAUCGACAUAGGUUGUCACAACAGAACACAGAUUGUGCAGCAAAUCGGUGAAGCCUGCAGGGGUUAUGGCUUUUUCCAGGUAAUAAAUCACGGGGUGCCCGUAGAAGGAAUGAAGGAAAUGGCAGAGGUGGCAUGUGAGUUUUUCAAGUUGCCAGUGGAGGAGAAGCUGAAGUUGUAUUCAGAUGAUCCUUCAAAGACAAUGAGAUUGUCAACUAGUUUUAAUGUGAACAAAGAGAAGGUUCGUAAUUGGAGAGACUACCUUAGACUUCAUUGUUAUCCUUUAGACAAGUAUGCUCCUGAAUGGCCCUCUAAUCCUCCCUCAUUCAAGGAAACCGUGACAAGUUACUGCAAAGAAGUUCGGGAAUUGGGGUUCAGGAUACAAGAAUACAUCUCAGAGAGCUUGGGCCUAGAAAAAGAUUACAUAAAGAAUGUUUUAGGAGAACAAGGGCAGCACAUGGCAGUGAACUUCUAUCCACCAUGCCCGGAACCAGAACUUACCUAUGGAUUGCCAGGGCACACAGACCCAAAUGCACUUACAAUUCUGCUCCAAGACCUGCAUGUUGCUGGCCUUCAAGUUCUCAAAGAUGGCAAGUGGGUCGCCAUUAAUCCCCACCCUGAUGCCUUUGUCAUCAACAUAGGCGAUCAACUGCAGGCUUUGAGUAAUGGGCUUUAUAAGAGUGUCUGGCACCGUGCUGUUGUCAAUGCUGAGAAGCCAAGACUUUCUGUGGCUUCUUUUCUUUGCCCCUAUGAUGAGGCAUUGAUAAGCCCUGCAAAACCACUCACAGAAGAUGGAUCUGGAGCCAUAUACAGGGGAUUUACUUAUGCAGAAUACUAUAAGAAGUUCUGGAGUAGGAACUUGGACCAAGAACACUGUUUGGAACUUUUCAAGAACAAAUAAACUUUGGAAAAAAUGUGUGCACUUUUAAACGACAUAAACUUAAGUUAUUUUAAGAGAGAGAUAGACACAACACAAAGAGAUGUGAUUUUUACUGAAAAAAAUAAAGACAAAAAUAAAAGUAAAGGUGUGGAUCCUAUCUCUUUGUGUCUAUCUCUCUCUUUAAAAGACCUAAAUUUGUGUCAUUUAAAUAGACAUACACUUUUCGCAUAAAAUUUAAGCUGCCAUUGACAAGAAUUAAAAUAGUAAUAAUAGAGGAGGGAGGAAAAAAAUGACAAUUUAUUUCACAAAAAGAAUAUCUUGACAUAUUGUCAAAUUUCACUCCUCCCUUCUUCCUAUCCUAUCCUCAUUCCUACGAAGCAUAGUAUUAUUCUCGAUUCUCUAUUGCUUUUGCCGUUUUAUUGUUAGUGUAUUAGCUUAUUGCAAAUUUAAGUUGGUCACAUAACUUUAUGUCAGACACUCAUCAAUUUCUCAUGAAUUGAUAUAGCUGCUAGACGGAAAUAUUUAUUCUUUUGCUCCUUGUGGAGGUAGUCACAUAUUUCCCCCCAGAAGAAUCAUGCCCUUGUAGCUUUAUGGUAGGAAGAGAAAAAUGUCAUGUAAUAUUCAUAUGCUGAACUUUUAAAAAUUUCUUAGUUCUGCUUUUUCAUUCUUGUCUUCUUGGUCUAAGAGCGUAUCUUUAGUUUAAAACUCUAUUGUAGCGGUUCUGAGAAUGAUAUUCCUUGAAUUGCUGUAAUAUGGAUAUAAAGCAAACGUUGUUCGUUAUCUUUUGUGUCC